CGAAGACUGCAACUACCCGAUGCCUGCCUGGACCCCAUGGCGUGGCUGGAACAUGCUGAGGUCGGCAAGAGGCGGUGAUCUAAAGGGACCCCUGGCGGCGGAGAGUAUCAAAGCGUCCGUUCCGAGAAGUCCACCCGUUAAGAAGGGCAUUCGGUGCAAGUCGUGGUAUAAUAAAGACAACAGCAAUGCAGAUUUUGGAUACGGUAAUCAGAACGCCUUGUCUGGACAGGGAAAUCGCUGGGACGAUGAAUCCAACUGGGACUACGAGAAAUUCGGGGAUGUGCCUGGUGGCACCAACACAGUCGGCUCGUCUUGGAGGACAAAGAGAGACACGGAGGCUGAACGCUCUAAAAGGCAAGGGGUGUGGAGCGGUUUUCAACAUCCUUCUUUUAGUACUCCUUUGUAUGGCCCGUGGUGGAACCACAACUUCUUGAAUUACAACUCUCCAUGGAGAAGUCAGUGGUACAAUGGGUUCAGCAGGUGGUUCGAAAACUUCCCUGGGAACUACAUGAGACUACAGCGUCAAGCUGAAGAUGACGCAGGGGCUGGGCCAGCGGAGGGAAAUAGAGAAAAACGAGACGUCACAGAGAAGGACGAAGAUACAACGAGAGAAAAGCGUUAUUUAUGGUCACAGGGGGGUGGCUACCCGAACAACUGGUGGGGUAACAGAUUUACACAGCCUUGGUAUUCUAGCAGACAGUUCUGGAACCCAUAUUACAGAAACAAUUGGUUGUACUCGAGGCAGAGAAGGGAGACUACUGACGAAGAAAAGGACGACGAUCGGGACAAACGUUCUUUCCCUUGGAAUUUCGGGCCGGACUUUGGCAGUUAUUGGACGAAUUCGUACACUCGUCAGUUUCCCUGGUGGGUCUACAUUUAUGGUAACGAACACGACGCAACGAGAUUUCCGCGAGAGACAGGCGAUGACGAGAUUAAUGUCAGUGAAGGUGGUGCAUCGAAAAACAAGCGAUGGAUAGGUAGCCAGUGGCCCUACGGCUGGCCGUCCAAUAACUUUUACUCGGCCCAGCCCUGGUGGAGCACGAAAUGGAACGCCCGACCCUAUACGUCCUUGGAUGGAUCGAUGAGAUGGCCAAGGGGCGCCACAGAAAAUAAUGAUGAAACAAGGAGUAAACGAAGUACGUCUGGUGACGCUCAGGGAAAACAGUUGCAAGACCGCAGUCUGUUUCAUAAUGAGCAGGGAAAACAAGAACAAGAUGGAAGUCUGUUUAAUAAUGAGCAAGGGAAACGGUGGCAACAUGACAGUCUGUUUAGCAAUGACCUGCAAAAACAGUGGCAAGAUCGCAGUCUGUUUAAUAAUGAGCAGGGAAAACAGUGGCAAGACCACAGUCUGUUUAACAAUGAGCAGGGAAAACAGUGGCAAGACCAGGGACUGUUUAAUGAUGCCCAGGGAAAACAGUGGCAAGAGGGCAAUCAGUUUAAUGAUGCCCAGGGAAAACAGUGGCAAGAGCGCAAUCAGUUCAGUAACGCCCAGGUCAAACAGUGGCAAGAGCGCGAUCGGUUCAAUAACGCUCAGGGAAAACAGUGGCAAGAGUCAAACGCCAUCCCGAGAACAUCGAAAAGCCUCUGGAAUGACUACAACAAUUACGGUAGUUACUGGAGCAGAUUCAUGAAUAGUUAUCCUUUCAGCUCACAGCCCCAAUUUCGCCAGUGGGGAUUUUCAAACUGGUACCCUCCUAUACCAAACUGGCCGUUUAAGAGAUCCACCAGAAGCGCUCCAGAUUCAACUGACGGAGAAGCCACACAAGAAGACACUGGCGUUAACAAGCGUUGGGUGCAAUAUCCGUGGUGGAGAAGGUACUCCAAUGACUGGGGCCAAGACCCAUCUUCCUCAUACUACACGGGAUUCGGCUCCGCGUGGAAUCCAUACAGGUAUUCCGGCGCUUUCGCGUGGCCCCGAUUCGUCAGGGGUUCCGAGAACGACAAGACGGCUGAGCGGGAGAAGAGGUCCGCGGAUGCAGGCAAGGACAAACGCUGGGCGGAUUACGGCUGGAAUCGAUGGCCAAGCGCCUGGCAGGGGUCUCCUUACGACGAUUGGUUCGGUAGCAGAUGGGGAAGCAGUUUUUACAACGCGAUCCGCUACCCGAGGGAAUCUGAGGCUAGCGAACAGGCUAGCGCUGAUAGAGCUAAGCGAGAGACUGAGAGAUCUAAAAGAUGGCCCUAUUGGGGCAAUUACGGUAAUUGGCAGGCAAAAUAUUCACCUUUUUACCGGUGGAAUAAUGAACAAUACCCAUACGACUGGAGUGGCUACAAUUUCCAGAAUGCGUUUAGAUAUCCAAGAAAUUUGAAAGCAAAAGAUGGUGACCAGAACCUGAAGGAUAAGCGAUCAGCCGAAGAAGACAAGCUAUUGGUUGAAGAUAGCGGGAACGCAGGCGAAAAUGAUAACAGAACUAAAAGAUGGUGGUCGGAAGGUGACAGGUUUCCAUGGUCGAACUAUUGGCAGAACUGGCCUCGCAGAACCCCAUACAGCUGGACGCCGCAAUCGCCAUGGGGUGACCACAAUUACAACUAUCGAUACCCCAGACAAGUCGGGGAUCAGGUUUCUGAACUCAAUAACAAAGAAGAAGACGUGACAAGAUCGAAACGCUGGAACGAUUGGCCGUGGUCUUGGGGAAAUGAAAUGUGGUCUCCGAGCAGCUGGGUGAGAAAUGGAUGGUACUUCUCUAACUGGGGCAACAGUGACUAUAUGAGAUACGGGCGUGAGGCGAGCGAGUCUGGAGGAGAAAAUCGAAACAAACGCGCAGCCGAGACGGACAGGUCUAAACGCUGGCCCAAUCCAUGGAGCGGGGCCAGGUGGGACCCUCAAUCCAGUUGGAUCCGGAGUUGGGACUCAAGUUUCUAUCCAAAUUUCCCAUAUUUUAAUCGAUUCGAAAACAGAUUUUGGAGGAGGGAGACGGACGACAAAAAAGAAGAUGGCUUUGCCGGAAGAACAAAACGGGAAGGCGUUGAAGACCCAGGCAGGCAAAAAAGAUGGCUCAACUGGUACAACUAUUUUUCACCGUACUGGCGAAACAGCUGGGACAGCCGCAGCAUGUUUUCAUUUCCCUGGUACAAUGCACAGUUUUGGGAUCCCAGAUUUUUCAACAGGUUCGUCGUCAGGAGAGCGACUUCUGAGUCCGGUAACGGCACGGAAGAAGCCGUGGGAACCGAAGAGGCAGUGGAAACUGAAGAGGACCAAACUCGGACAAGAAGGUGGCAAAAUUGGAGCGGCUAUCCAUUUUAUAACUUGCCCAACUUUGGGUCAGGUGGAGGCCCCUGGUGGAUGGGAAGCAAUAUGUACGGGUGGAAUCCGCUAUAUAAUAAUAUGAUGUACGGGUGGAAUCCAUGGUACAAAAGCAUGUACGGCUUCAACAGAUACCAAAGGGAUAGUGACGUCAACGAUGACGAAAAACCGGAAGGUGCCGACAGAAAAAAACGAGACGCCGAAAACGACUCUGUUCGAGACAAGAGAUGGUUCGGAGGCAGCAACGCAUUCGGCGGCUACUGGAACGGUUACUGGGGAAACCAAUUAGAUCGUUUUGACCCGUGGUCAGGCGGUAAUCAGUGGUGGCCUGGCGGUUUUGAUUAUCAGAGAUACCCACGAGAUGACCAGGAAGAUAAAAGCGGAAGAAAACGGAGAAGCACUGACGUUGAACUGAAAACCAAACGAUGGGGUGAGUGGACGACGGGCGGGGAUUUGAUGUCAUGGUAUCUUAACAGCAACCAACCGCCUUACUCCGGGAACUACAACUUCUGGAAUCGGGUAAAUUCCCCCUCGGCGUUUUUUAGCCCGGGUCGUUUUAAGCGGGGCGCGGAAGAAACUGUUCGGGACAAGCGUUGGUACAACGACUUUUAUCAUCCCUACUGGUACAAUGGGUACAACACAUUGACGAACAGUUGGAAUUCUUGGCCUGGCUUUUUCGGAGACAGGUUUUCGAGACAGACGACAGCAGACAAGACGGAAGUAAAUGCCCGGGUCAAGAGAUACCAGCCAUGGAUGUUUCCUUUCUCAGGGUACAAUGCCUUUCCACGGGGAUUUUCGGGCAACUGGGGUCAAACGCCAGGCAUGAGCUAUAAUAACUGGUAUAACCCGUACAUGGCGUCAGGGUUUCGAAACUAUUUUCAGAGAUGGAAUCCCUGGUACAGGGACUAUUUUCGGAACGCCCGCCGAAGUCCGAGACGCUCAGAGACAGGGGAAGCAGAAGCAGGCAACGAUCAACAACAAGAAGAGGCAGGCAUCGCCCCUGAUGAGAACACGCGAGAGAAAAGAUGGGCGGGCAACUUUGGCGGAUCUACUUCUUGGAAUAGAUGGGGUUCAUUUCCAUGGUCUUACAGAUCGGGGAACCCUUGGUACGAUCACCGUGACUUCGGUGGCUCGCCAUCCACGUACUGGAAUCAGUUUUAUAAUUAUUCCCCGUGGAGGCCCAUUCGUGGUACGGACAAUGCUAAAACAGAAAACAGCGCCAGGAGUAGGCGCGAGGCCAACACGGACUCGGACCGCUCCAAACGGUGGUACGGAAAUAGCCCGGCGUCUUACAGAUGGAACAGUCAAGGGUGGCCAAUGUGGGAUCCCUACAGAGAUGGUGGAUCGCAAUGGUAUUGGAAUCCCUGGAGCUUAACGCAAGCCUUUUCGAAGAGAAGUCCAGCGGAAGAGGGAGAAGUGAGAUCCAAGCGAGGCGCGAACGAGGACAGCAGAGAGAAAAGAUGGUGGCAGAAUGACCCGCAAAGUUAUAAUUCAAUGUAUUUCUACAAUUUUAACAACUGGGGGAACUCACAGCCGGCUCUUACGCCCUGGAGUUAUGCCUACCCGAUGUCUAGAGUCAAACGAAAUCCGGGUUCACAACAGGAUAGAGACAGGAGAUGGCCAUACGGGGGCUACAACGACAACUUCUGGGGCUGGGACAACCGGAACUAUAAUUGGAAUCCUGGACAAACCAGGCCAAUCUGGAACUACUGGAAUCCGUCCGGCGAAUGGGGAGGAUAUUCAAACCACAUGAUUCGCUGGCCAAGAAACCUUGACAAAGAUAAAGAGGAAGGUAUUGACCAAAAUGAUGACGAUGAAGGGAUUAAACAGGGUGGCCAUGAUGACGGGGUGAGACAAAAGCGAGACGUGGAAGGUGAAGUCAGGGAAAAGCGAUGGGGGGAUCAUUUCAGCAACCCCUAUUCAAAUUAUUUCUGGCAGGACGGCUACUGGGGUUCACAUCCUUGGUCGUCCGCUCAACGAUGGGUUGAUUUCAUGAGAUAUCCUAGAAGAGUAUCUGGUUCAGAGGAGUCCCCGGCCGCGGAAAAUGGAGCACAUAUCACAGACUCGCUGGGAAAUCAAGACAACCCAACUGCUGAAAGAACAAAACGCUGGGGAAACUGGAACGCAUCCCCAUACGGCGGACCAGGGCUCACCAACAGCUUGAGGAAUCUGCUGUACAGGACAAGGUUUCAAUCUGGUACACCAAAUUAUGGUCCAUGGUCCUGGUGGAACCGAAGCUUUCCUUACAAGUAACGACAGUAGGAUAAGACUGUGUACUGUUCAUAACACAAUAAUCAUUUCAAUUAAUUUAGACCCAUGUUUUUAAAUUUGGAUAAAACUUGAUGAUAUUUUGAAGUGUAUAUACUUAUCAUACAUUAUCUACCAAUGCAUGCAUCAACAAUGUUUUCACUGCUUUAGUAUCAUAGCAGAUUUAGUUAACAUACAGAGAGAGUACAAGUUAAUAGACUAGUCGCUGGUCCGAAUAAGGGAUGCUAUGAUAUUAUUGCCAAUAAUGUAACUUAAUGUAAGUAAUUUUAACAUAGGUAGCAGUUAUUAAGAAUGUUUCAGUUCAACAAUUCAGUCAAAUGUGUAUCUUUAAUUGUAGAUGCAGCACACUCUCUUACAUGUAUAAAUUACAUGGAUUGAAUGCAUUAUAACAGUAACUUAUAUAUGCUCACUGUCCGCUUAACAUUAUGCAUCCUGCACCAUUUCCUUUUUUUUAGUACAUUGCUUUGUGUUUCAUUAUUUGCAAUUACUUCAGUCUUUAAAAAAAAAAAAUCUCAUGUGUUCAUUUUAUUUCAUAGGCUUAACAUUGAGCUUGGUCAAUAAUUUCAACUUGAAUUUUUAAAAUUUGAUGUCAUUUACUUCCAGAUUAAUUUCUAGUUUUUAUUUUAUUUUCCCCAAGUUCAACUAAUAAAAUGACAGCAUUUUGCAAAUUUGAAAUCACCAGAAUAAAAGCAGUGCCAUCCUAAGACAUGUGCUCUAGAAUUUGUGUUGUUCUCUAC